AUGUUCAUCAAAAAAUGCCUGCUGUUUUUAUUUUUUGAUAUAUUGGUCACCGAAGUGUUGGCUUCCCUCAUCAUAGUAGAGAAAGGUGUUAUCCCGUUAGAGAGAAAUUCCGUUGCCAUACAGUUAUAUAUUGAUAUUGAAAAUAAUAAUCUUGCGGGUGUGUGUAGAUAUCAUACCAGGCUGAAGAAAUGUUUACUUGAUUCGUGUAAAGAGAACUGUGAAGUGCCGAUUGAUGCAAGUGAAACAAUAAGUAAGAUUAGGAAUAGAAAUCGAAAAACAUUAAUAUAUGUGUUUCCGACGCUGUUCUUACACGAUCUGAUUGGGUCUUGUGAUAUAGAACUAGCAUACCGCUGUCCCGACAAAAAUGAGGAGUUGGAAAUUAAUAUACCAUUUGAUACAAGGGUCAAUGGCAAAUCAUCGUUUCUGCUGGAGAAAUAUGUAGGUAGCGAUAAGAAGUAUGUCUGUGAAACAAUAGACCAGAACUCUUUGAACGAAUGCUUGCCUGUGGACUGCGAUGUUAAAUACUGUGGCGCAAGACCAAUCUAUGACGCAGACUUUAAAAGAUGCAUCGCAGCAGCGACAUGCGUUGGUAUUAUGGAAAAUGAUUUACCCCAAACAGUUUACGAACCUGACCUAAAUAUUUGUACUGAUUAUUCACCAUUAACAAAUCAGCAUAUCUACGCUAUAAGCAGUGGUUUAGGAACAGUUACACAAUCACCCAAGAGUGACGACGUUGUUGUAAAAUUAAAAUCCAAUUGCUCAACCAUAUCCCAGAACGUAUUUCUAUUGAGGGAUCUUUUAAAUGGAAAAUUCUGUCCAUGUGAUGACGGAGCCAGAAUAGAUUUCGGUGAUGAUUGCAUAAAUGCUGUUUUCAGUAUUGUUUUAUGUAUUUUGAGCGUGUGUGCCGUCAUUUUGUCGAUUGUGUGUUGUAUCAACAGCACCGUGUGGGUUCACAGACAAUGGAUGGAUGGCAAGGUGAAGGAAGUCAUGCUGAAGGUUAAAAGUAAAUUCAAGAGAUCAGAGAAAUACAAGGAGUUCCGAAGGACACGGGAGAUACGAAACGCCUUGCUGAAAGAAGUGGUCGUCACAGAUAUACCUCUACAGCUCCGUGAGAGUGUUCUGAAUAUGUGUGACAAUAUGAACGAAAACAUUGGAAAGAAAAGAAGGUACCGUCGCUCGGACAUAGGUAGCCAGAUAAGUUUACAGACAGGUGAAAAUGCUCCGUUAAAAUAUCCAGAAGCCGAAAAUUCAGAUUAA